AUGAUAAGAGCCUCAAAUAAACUAAUUAGAUAUCCAUUUUCGGCAACAUAUGUUAGCGGGCUAUUUGAACAUUGGUAAAAGAGCCCUCAAUCAGUUCCUGAAGGAUGGAGACAAUAUUUUAGCGAAUAAAUAAAUGGUGGAGCAGGAGUCUAAGGCACAACAUCUUUGAAUCCAUUGGAUCAUGCUAAACAAAAUAUAUUGCUAUAUCGCACUUAUUACAUGUUUAGAAUGUUUUUCGUAUGUGGACAUUAGUUGGCUGAUUUAGAUCCAUUAAAUCUACCUAACACAAAAGAAUACGGAAGAGUGAAGGGCUCGAGACCAGAGAUGACUUUGGAUAGUUUUGGGUUUAAGAAGGAAGAAUUGGAUAUCCCAAUUUAUUUUGGAAACAAGGAUUAAAGAUCAUUUAUCUAUCCAUUUAUGGAAGCCAAGGAGGAGUGGACAAUCAGAGAAAUCUAUGAUAGAUUAUCUUAAAUCUAUACAAAAAAAUACGGUGUUGAAUACAUUCACAUGGUGUCAACCGAAUAAAAACAUUGGGUUGAACAGGAAAUGGAUAGAAUAGCAUAAUGGAAACCAAGUAAGGAGACUUAAACAGCUACUUGGUAGAGAUUAGCUAGAGUUGACCUAUUUAAUGAGUUUUUGAAAAACAGAUUCACAACAAGCAAAAGAUUUGGAAUUGAAGGCACAGACACAUUAAUCGUAGGUUUAGAAGCACUUGUAGAUUAAUGUGCUCAAAAUAAGGUUGAACAUAUCAUUGUGGGAAUGGCUCACAGAGGAAGAUUAAGCACAUUAGCUAAUGUAUUUAAGAAACCAUUGGAAAUAAUAUUUGCAGAAUUUUAAAAUAAAUACAGUAAAGAAAUAGAAGAAUCAUGGGGUAAUAUUGGAGAUGUGAAAUAUCAUUUGGGAGUCACAAGGGAUUAAUAAUUCCCAGAUGGACAUCAUAUUAGAAUGACAAUGUUACCAAAUCCAUCUCAUUUAGAAGCUGUCAAUCCAGUUGUAUAAGGUAAGACUAGAGCAUUGUAAGACAUUUGUGGAAAUAAACAAAACUGUUUAGGUAUCAUCAUUCAUGGAGAUGCUGCUAUGGCUUGGUUAAGGAGUUGUCUAUGA